AUGUUGAGGAUCCAAUCGUGGUUGCUUGUCCUGGUUCUCUGUGCUGGGAGCUUAGAGGCCUGGUGGUGGGUCAAAUCAGAAACCCCCACAGAGACUCCAAUGGAGACAACUCCAGCAGGAACAACAAGUGCCACCAUGACAGCCAAUGCCACAAAGAGAAAGGAAGAGCAGGAGGAUGACGAUUUAUCCGGGGUUGGGGAUGAAAUCAUCAACGUUGCCACAGUAAUCCAGGAGAGCGGCGUCUCUUUGCUCCAGUUAAUCGGAGACCCCCCACCGGAUGAGAUCUCCAGGGUUGUCGGGCCGAGAGGGAAGGCCGCCUACGUCUUCACCUCUGGGGCGGUGUCAGGCCAGCCGGCUCUGGCCCACGUCCCCAACCCUUUCUUUCGCAGUUUCUCCGUCAACUUCCACAUCAAGCCCUCCACUCUCUCCCCCUCCGUCCUCUUCUCCAUCUCCGAUGGUACCCAGAAGUUCAUGUACAUCGGUGUCAAGCUCAGCGCGGUGCAGUCCGGUCGUCAGAGGGUGCAGUUCUUCUACACCGAGCCCGACUCUGAGGCUUCGUUUGAGGCAGCAAGCUUUGAAGUGCCCAGCCUGGUGGACUCCUGGACUCGCUUCUCGCUGUCUGUCUUUGAGGAGCAGGUGACUUUCUACCAAGGCUGCGACUCCGAGCCACAGGUGGUGAAGUUUGAGCGUUCGCCGGAUCCCAUGGAGCUCGACCCGGGGGCGGGGAUCUUUGUGGGUCAGGCAGGAGGAGCCGACUCUGACAAGUUCCAGGGUGAGAUUGCAGAGCUGAGAGUGGUGGGAAACCCUCGGGCAGCUGAGCGUCUGUGUGAUGACGAGGACGACUCUGACACUGCCUCCGGGGACUUUGGCAGCGGUGAAGGUGACAGGAGACAGACAGGACACACUGUGAAGACCACACCUGCCUCCUUCCGUCCAGUACCCGAACCCCCUCUGAUAACCUCCAAAGGAACCAGGCUAGAAGAAACAGGUCCCGGCGGUGCUAAAGGUGACAAAGGUGACAAAGGAGAGAAAGGCUCAAAGGGGGACCCCGGCAUUGCAGGGCCGAAGGGAGAGUCAGGUUUCAGCUCUGGAUCCAGUUUCUCCUCUCAGGGUGGAGGACAGAAGGGAGAAAAGGGUGCAAAGGGUAGUUCCGGCUUCGGAUACCCCGGCAAUAAAGGAGACCGUGGGGCUCAGGGGCCUCCCGGGCGCCCUGGUCCUCCCGGACCUGCAGCUGAAGUGGUUCGACUUGGAGACGGCUCUGUUGUGCAGCAGGUGUCUGGACCUCCCGGACCGCCAGGACCACCAGGGUCAGAUGGGGCUGUAGGACCCCCUGGAACAGAUGGGGAGCCUGGUGAUCCAGGAGAGGAUGGAAAAGCUGGUCCAUCUGGGCCACGAGGUUUCCCAGGAAAUCUGGGAACGCCUGGCGCCAAAGGCCAAAAGGGUGAGGUUGGAGAGGGUCAACCAGGACCCAGAGGCCCCCCGGGUCUACCAGGACCUCCUGGACCUGGCACUGGUGACCGCCCAACAUUUGUUGACAUGGAGGGCUCAGGAUUCCCUGACUUGGACAAUAUCCGGGGUGCCCGUGGUCCUCCAGGUCCCCCGGGCCCUCCUGGCCCCCCUGGGAAUACAGUGGUACUGGGAGACAAUGGUCCAGUAGCUUUCGGACCACCUGGACCACCUGGACAGAAUGGAGUCCCUGGUCUACCAGGCCCCCCUGGUACUCCUUGUGCACCAGGCAAACCGGGACCCAAAGGAGACAAGGGUGACAGCGGUGAGCUUGGUCUUCCAGGACCAGCUGGAGAAAAGGGAGCUCAGGGUGAUACAGGAAGGCCAGGUCCACCAGGACAGAUUGGGUUCGCAGGGCUUCCAGGUCCCAUGGGACCAGUUGGACCCCCAGGACCCCCUGGGCAACCUGGGCUAUCAUACCGUGGCAUUGGUAACCUAGAUGAAUAUGAUGUUAACAAUGGCCUUCCUGGUCUCAGAGGCCCACCUGGACCACAGGGUCCACCUGGUAUUGCAGGUCUACCUGGUAAGUCAGGUUUCCCAGGUAGCCAUGGAGACAAAGGAGCAGAGGGACCAAGAGGACCUCCAGGGAUACCAGGUCACGAUGGGUUCCCGGGACUGCCGGGUGAUAAGGGAGAAAAAGGAUCGAAAGGAGAGAUGGGUCUGCCAGGGCGAGUUGGCGGACCACCUGGACCUCCAGGGCCUCCCGGACCUCCAGGACAGAUCAUGUACAAGACAGCAGCUGAAGGAGGCGCUUUUGUUCCUGGUCGACCAGGAUCCCAGGGGCCCGGGGGACCAAAAGGAGACAAAGGAGACACAGGUCCUCCAGGAUAUGCACCUAAGGGAGAGAAAGGAGAGCCGGGUAUCAUCAUGGGGCCUGAUGGGAGACCUCUGUACCUUGGUGGCCUGGCAGGACAGUCGGGCGAGAGAGGACCCUCUGGCCCUGUGGGACCUCCGGGUCCAUAUGGUCCUCCAGGUCCAAAGGGAGAAAUUGGGCUUCCAGGUAGACCAGGUCGGCCGGGGCUGAACGGUGCAAGAGGAGAGAAGGGAGAUUCAGGCAGUGGGUCUGGAUAUGGUUACGCCGGUCCUCCAGGUCCACCAGGGCCCCCAGGACCUCCUGGAUCUUCUGCUCCCGUCGACAUUCUCAGAAAUGAGAUGAAAGGUGAAAAGGGCAGUCCGGGCUUCAAAGGAGAUAAAGGAGAGCCUGGUGGAGGACAUUAUGACCCCCGCUAUGGAGGGAGUCGACCCAGAGUACCAGGAGCACCUGGACCUCCUGGCCCAAAAGGCGACUCCAUCAUUGGCCCACCAGGCCCUCAGGGGCCACCUGGUCAACCAGGAAGAGGCUAUAACGGGCAACCUGGACCUCCCGGGCCGCCUGGACCUCCAGGGCCAUCCUUACCUGUAGCUUAUAGGGGCACACAGACUAUCAAUAUUCCUGGACCCCCGGGACCACCUGGAGUGCCUGGCUUACCUGGACACUCCUCAGGGGUGACAGUGUUGAGGUCUUAUGACAUCAUGACAGCCACUGCUAGAAGACAACCUGAGGGCUCUCUGGUGUACAUUGUAGAACAAACAGAUCUCUACUUACGGGUCAGAGACGGAGUUCGCCAAGUUCAGCUUGGGGACUACAUUGCUUUACCCAGUGAGAAUGUUAAUGAGGUUGCAGCUGUGGAGCCCCCACCAGUCGUCCCCUACUCCCCAAACCACCACUCCAACACCGACACCUUCGCACACAACUCCCAAAGGCAACCUGAGGUCCACCCCGACUCUGGGCAUCGGCCAGAUCUGAAUCAUCCAACACACCCAGGCCCUCGAUACCCAUCAAACCCUGAUUCCCAAUAUCCAACCCACCCUAAUCCUGAUGCACCAUAUCAGCCGGAUCCGCAGUACCCAGCACCCAAAGAUCCCAGGUUUCCAAGUUACUCAGACUGGUUAAAUCAACCAGACAGUAGGUAUUCUGUCUAUACCACCCAGGAACGUCCUGCAUACCCGGACACUCGCAAUGCAGUCACUCCUCAGCGAAGACCACCUCCUCCUUUGCCCCAGAGUCCAGUCCACCAUCAUACUUCAGGUCCAGCGCUCCACCUGAUCGCCCUUAACAGCCCCCAGACCGGCUCCAUGCAGGGCAUUCGCGGCGCAGACUACCGCUGCUUCACUGAGGCUCAGGCCAUCGGAUUGAAGGGAACUUUCCGGGCCUUCCUGUCCGCCAAACUCCAAGAUCUCCACAGCAUAGUUCGCAAGGCUGACAGGGACCGUGUGCCAAUAGUCAACCUGAGGGACGAGGUUCUGUUUGACAGCUGGGACGCCAUCUUCAAUGAAGGCAGAAUGAAGGACAAUGUGUUAAUCUACUCCUUUGAUGGCAAAGACAUUCUCAGAGACAGCACAUGGCCUGAGAAGAUGGUUUGGCACGGGUCAACCAGCGCCGGGCAGCAACAUGUUGACAGCUUCUGCGAGACAUGGCGUGCGAGCGACCGGGCGCUGACUGGCAUGGCGUCGUCACUGCAGAGCAGUAGUCUGAUCCAGCAGAGCUCCAGCAGCUGCUCCAGCUCCUACGUCGUGCUGUGCAUCGAGAACAGCUAUAUCAGCCAUGCCAAGAGAUAAACACACAACACUGUACAAAGGGAAAUACCACAGCAGUCAUGCUUUUGUCCACACAUACUUUUCUAUCUAUCCAGCUUAUGUGGUGCUUUGUAAAUAUGUUUUUUUUUCUCAUGAAUAAUUAGUUUAUGUUUGUUAGCCCCUCCUAUAUGGUGCUACACAGGAUUAUCAGACAUGUUGGAACCAAGUUAAGCUCAGGUGACAUACAGUAAAGUACCCUCAGGCAGCCAUAUUGGAAGUCCACAGCUUUUUAAGGCAACAGCUACCUUUAAACUGUUUCCAAUUAGGCAGCUUUGUAAAUGGUUAGUCUUGUCAGCUAGUUGUUGCUAUAAUGUUGCUAUAAAUAUUGAAAUUAGCAUGCUUGAUGCAAGCUAGUAAAGCCUGUUAUUAUUUCCCCAUUUGAUGAGAUAUCUGUCUCUGAGAUGUCUGCCUUGAACAAUAGAAGUGAAUUGAUUUGAUUGAAAAGUAAAUUUAUAAAAUUUAACAGCAGCCUUUUUAAUAUAAUGGUAAUAGGUAUAUAAUAGGGACAAAUUGGAGCCACUACUAUAAAGACAUGUUAUUGUUAAAUUAUGUCAUUCUUCAAUCCUGUGACCGCAGUACAUAAUGUGGCGGGAGGGAAAUUCAUGAUAUAUUCAUCUGGCAACAUUUAUCACACAGCAGCUUAGAAAAAAAUGACUUGUCCAUACAACCAGAUGAGAGAAACUAAAUGUAUCUCAGAGACGGAUAUACCACUGUGAUCAUAUUUAGGACCCGAGCAUGAAGCGUGCGAGGUCCCUAUUGAAACUGUAGGGAAAAUUUUUUUUCUUUUUUUUGCAAAGUAAGCUCAAUUUUGGGGGCCUAAACAUACU